AGUUGCUUCAUACAGAAUUUGCAUUCGCGGGGCGAUAAUUCUUUUAUUUAUUUUUGACCGUUUAACCAAAUUCUGCUGCUAAAAUUGUUAUUCGAACAAAUGUUUUGUUUUUGCUGAUUCUAGGAUAGGGAUGGAAAGUGGAGCAGUGACAUUACAGUAAUGCUGCGUAGAUUUCACUCUUGUUUUUCCCUAUUCCAAUCCAGAAAACUUUGCAGUAGUACCCAAUCCCUGGCUGAAGAUUUCAUCAAUUGGGCAGCAGCAGAAGCAGAUAAGAAAAAUGGUAUCCCCUCCCCAGAAUGUUACUGCACUCUUAUCAGCAAUCUGGCCGAGGCCAAGAGGCUCCGAGAGGCUUCUGCUUUCGUACAAGUACUUGCAUAUGACCAGGGGAGUGAUAUGCCCGUUACCGAUAUUUGCAGCUCCCUCCGCCAAAGUUUGCGGAAUUCAGAUUGGGCACCUGCCCUGAUGGGUGUGUUGAUUGACUCCCUAACGAGGGCUGGAAGGAUGCAGGAAGAGGGCAUCCAGGCGUUUACCAAAUAUGUUGAAGUGCCCACCAGCAUCUACCAUUGGAACACCCUUCUGCAUAUUCUUAACAGAUUCCAGUGCACUAAAAUGGUAUGUGAGCUCUUCUUCACCCGUGUGAACAAUCCUAAUCUUUUUACUUUUAAUAUAGUACUGCAUGCUUUGUGUAAAGAGGGAAGAAUGAGAGAAGCAGUGGAUUUGGUGGGGGAGAUGGGUUUCAAGGGCUGUACUCCUAAUGUUGUUUCUUAUAAUACCCUUAUUUGGGGGUACUGCAUACAUGGUCAGUUAGAUAUCGCUGUUAGAUUUCUAGAACAGAUGAUUACAAAGGGGUCAUUGCGUCCUAGUGUCAUUACUUUCAAUAUCUUGUUGAAGGGCUAUUGCCAACAAGGGAUACUGCGUGGUGCAGAGUGUGUGUGGCAACAGAUGGUUAAAAGGGGUUUAGUGCACAAUUCCGUUUCCUAUAAUACAAUCACUGAUGGGGAGUGUAAGGAGGGGAGCAUGGAGGAGGCUUUUGGGUGGAGAGAUGAUAUGGUCCGAUAUGGGGUUGAGCCUGAUGUUGUCACAUUCAACACACUUAUGAACGGGUUUUGCAUAAGAGGAGACAUAGAGGAAGCUCAAGACCUCCUAUCUCAAAUGCUGAAUUCCUUUACUAAUGUUGCAGUGGAUAGCAAUCAUGAUUCUGUAGUUAAUAGUUCUAAAUUGGGUAUUGACACUGAGGUUGGCGAGUACUGGCAAGGUGGGUAUACAAAACCGAAUCAUAUUACUUAUACAACCUUGAUAAGUGCAUAUUGUAGGGCAGGAAAGCUUUACGAAGCAUUUACUCUCUAUGAAGAAAUGGUGAGAGGUGAUAUCAUGCCUGAUGAAAUAACUUACAGUUCUCUUGUUAAUGGGCUUUCCAAAGAGGGCAAGCUAUUGGAAGCGAUAGAUCUUGUUAAGAAAAUGCAGAGCACUGGUGUCUUUCCUAACCAGGUCACUUACACAGAACUUAUUCAUGCACUUUUUAGUUCUGGAAAAUCACAGGAAGCACAUGAUCUCCAUGAUGAAAUGGUGAGAAAAGGUCUUGUUACAGAUACUGUUGUUUUCAGUGUUCUUAUAUAUGGGCUUUGUAAAGAAGGGAAACUAGUGGAAGCAAGGGAGAUGUUUGAGAAAAUGCCAAAUUUAAAUUUGUUCCGUAAUCAUGUUACUUACACAACGCUUAUUAAUGGGUAUUGUAAAGCAGGAAACAUACAGGAUGCAUUAAUGCUGUUAGAUGAGAUGGAAAAAGAGGGUCUGAAGGCUAAUGCUGUCACUUACAAUGUAAUCAUAGAUGGACUCAGCAGAAAAGGACAAAUUGAUGAAGUUGUGGAAAUGUUCAAUUUAAUGCGUGAGAAGGGUUUGAUGCCAUGCAAUGUAACUUACAGCAUCUUAAUUGAUAGAUAUUGUAAGCAAGGAAAUCUGGAAGAAGCUUUUUCUCUACACAAUGAAAUGAUACAGAAUGGUUUGAUUCCUAAUGUUGUUACAGUUGAUGCACUAUUCAAUGGUUUAAGGAAAAUGGGUAAGAUGCAGGAAGCAAUGGAACUAUUUCAAAAAAUGUCUGAGAAGGGUUUGAUUCCAGAUGCCAUUGUUUAUACCUCGCUUAUUGAUGGAUUGUUCAAGGAAGGAAAUCGGUCUGAAGCUUUUAAGUCUGGAGAAGAAAUGAUUAAAAAGGGUCUUGUAUUUGAUGUAGUCACUUACAAUGUUUUCAUUAAUGGACUUUGCAAGAAAGGAAACUUAACUGAAGCAAAAAAUCUUAUGAACGAAAUGCUGGAAAAGGGUUUGGCUCCAGACCACACUACUUACAACAUUCUGAUGGAUGCAUACUGUAAAGAAGGCAAUAUGAAUGAGGCUUUUGAACUUUGCAAUGAAAUGACAAGGCAUAGUUUAAGACCGAAUCUCGUUACAUACAACACUCUCAUAGGUGGACUUUGCGAACUGGGAAAAGUUAAUGAAGCCAAAGAGCUCUUGGAUGAGAUGCAUAGAAAAGGAUUUUCCCCAGAUUACAUCACUCAUAGAACUAUGGUUUCUGCUUGUAUCAAGAAGUGCACCCCCAAAGAACUUUUCCAGAUGCACAAGCAAUUCCUAGAGAAAGGUCUUGUACCCAGUCUCGUGACCUAUAACACAUUGAUUGCAGCUUUUUGCUCAAAAAGAAUGACACAAAAAGCAAAGGUCCUUUGGGAUGAAAUGCUAGAAAAAGAAAUAGUACCAGAUAUAUCCACUUACAAUGCACUCAUAAAUGGGCACUGUAAGAACAGAAAUAUGAAGGAGUCAUUCUGGCUGUAUGGUGAACUAAUAAGAAGAGGUCUGGCACCAACCAUUGAAACUUACAAUAUACUCCUCAGUGGCCUUUGUGGAGUAGGAAUGAUGCAACAGGCAGAUGAUCUGUUGAAGGAAAUAGUAAAAAGAGGUCUUGUUCCCGAUUCCAUUACCUACAGCACAGUUAUUGGUGGGCAUUGCAGGAAAGGCAAUGUAAAGAAGGCCCUCAAGUUGCAUGAUGAGAUGGUCAGAAAAGGUCUUGUUCCUACUGUUGGUGCUUACAAUGUGCUGAUCAGUGGUUUUGCAAAGGCAGGUAUAAUGCGCCGAGCAAAGGAUCUUCUAUAUGAAAUGCAACAAAGAGGAUUGACUCCAAGCUCCUCAACAUACAACAUUUUAAUUGGUGAAUGGUGCAAACUCCGCAACAAUAUUGAGGUUACAAUUCUUUUGAAAGAAAUGAUGGGAAAAGGUUAUGUGCUUAAUGCUAGUACCUUUGGAUGCCUCAUAAAUCAGUUUGCCAAAACUGGAGAGAGAGGGAGAGCAAAUAGGUUCCUUAAAAGUUUACUCAACAAGGGUUUGGUUCCAACACAUUGACUAAUGAUGCAAAGAAGUUGUUGUGGUAGAUAUGAUUUGUCUUCGUUAACAUAUGCCUUAGUAGGAAAGGAACAAAAUUCAAGCCUGGCAUUGCACUUGAGAAUAUUUACAUUUCUCACUCAUGAAAUCAUAAGAAACAAAUCUGUCAUACGAUGUGAUAUACUUUGCAUUUCUAUUAAAAAUUUGUAGCCAACAUUUAUAGCUUUGGGGAUUGUUUCCAUUGUUCAGUACUAGAAAGGUCACAGAGCAUUAUUUGCCGACAGGCUUAUUUUUGUCUUCGACUCUGCACAUGUUGCAGCUGGAAAGUGAGCUUGAAGAAUCUGUGAUUCUGCUUAUGUGCUUAUGGUUUCAUUUACGUUCACAAUUAUUUUCACAAAAUGGAUAGGGCUAGUUUGAAAAAUGAUAAAGAAAGAACGAGCUUUAAAAAACCAACAUAAAUGAAAGUAUCUUUGGCUUUCAAAGAUUUCGACACAGUGAUCCCAGAAGCGUGCACGAAAAUAAUUGGUCCCCAUGAAAGUGUCAGACAUUUAAUCUUAGGUGCCCCCUCACAAUAUUUAUAGAGUAGUAGAUGCUUCUUCAAAUUCGUAAAGGAUUUUGCAGAAGAGAUUGAAAUUGGCUUUACUGCAUAUGGGAUGUGUCAAGCUUAAUAGAGACCAUGUAUUGUGCCAUUUUGUUGGGGUAAAUUUGUAACCUUUUAUGACAGUCCCCACUAACAAUGUGAAUGUCAAAUCUUAUGAAUUUGACAGUUGAUCUGAACUUUGAAGUCUGAAAUGGGAAAUAAAUUGCAAAAAGAGUUUGGCUGAUGUCAGGGUUCCUCAAUUUC